CAAGAUGGCGCCCAAAGGGAAAGGCGGCGGCAAGGCGGGCAAGGGCGGCGACAGCGGCAGCAGCGAGGGCAAAGCCCAGGGCCCGAAGGGAGGCGGCAGCGCCGUGAAGGUUCGGCACAUCCUGUGCGAAAAGCACGGCAAAGCCAUGGAGGCCAUGGAGAAGCUGAAGUCCGGCCUGCGCUUCAGCGAAGUCGCCUCGCAGUACAGCGAGGACAAAGCCAGGCAAGGGGGAGACUUGGGCUGGAUGACCAGAGGCUCCAUGGUGGGACCUUUCCAGGAAGCAGCAUUCGCCUUGCCCGUGAGCAGCAUGGACAAGCCAGUGUAUACAGACCCUCCUGUCAAAACAAAGUUCGGGUACCACAUUAUCAUGGUGGAAGGCAGAAAAUAAAAUAUGAAUGACCAUUA